AUGAAGGUCUCCUGCUCUUUCUCCUGCUUCCUCCUGCUGAGCCUGGGCGCCUGCUCCCCUCCGAGAUAUUCCAGGGAAGAUGCCGAAGCAGCAGAGGAGCGGCAGCCCCCCUGGCUCUGGGUGAUGGAAGCCCUGAAACUGAGGCGCUCAGCCGUCGACCUCCAGGGCCUCCCCAGCACAGCCAGAGAGCCCCAGGGCUUUGGGAAGGAGCAAACUGGGACCCGAUUCCGGUUCGGGAGGCAGCAAGGAGGCCAGAGAGAUGGAAACGAAGCCAUCAACUUCCUGCCGGAGGAGGCGGACAGGGAGCAGUGGAACGACAUCUUAGGGAGUCUUGCGGAAGAGUUGAACGGCUACCACAGGAAGAAAGGAGGGUUCCGCUUCCGCUUUGGAAGGAGGCGGCGAGUUGCAUGUUUCUGA